AUGCAUACUCUAAGGGUGAUUAGUAGAAUUGGCUCGAGGCCGAUAGCAUCUAAGGGUGGAAGGCGACUUCCGUUCGAAUCUGCAAGAUUCCGCUUUAGCGGCGUCGCUGCAGAGGAUCCUCAAGUUCUAGAGUGUCGGCUGAAGAAGUUAAAGAAUUUACAGGCAAAACUACUCGCGGCACGGAUCGCCCAGAACAAACUGAACUUCAGACCCUCAAAACCAGAUGCUAUCGCUGAAGCUUUGUCCGGAGCUAAGGCAAGACAUCCCAAUGAUGUUAUUUUCAUACAUAUGGGGAGUUGCUACGAAGUACAUGGUACAGAUGCUGUUCUAUGUAUAGAGCAUUGUGACAUAACACCUACAGGGGAUGCAUGCCAUCUAGAGAUACCAAAAGAACGGUUACAGGCAGUGGUGAAUGCUCUCAAAAGUAACGAUCUCGGUGUGGUUGUCUAUGACUUCGUUACUGCACUGGAAUCGACUUCCGAAGAUGGUGCGCUGUUAUUAAAGAAAACACUUUUAUUCUCACACGAUGCUUCACCAACUGAUGGUCAUAUAACUGCAGAUAGAACACCUGUUGGUACGCAAGCAGACUCCAUAGCAUUUUGUGUUACCCAUAACAGGUCUGGAUACAGCAUUUCUACCAUCGACCCCCUAAAGCGUAAGGUGGAGAUAAGGGAUCGACUUACUUUUGCCGGGGCUUUGUCGUUGCUGCAAACGGCUGGAGGAAGGGUGGUUAUAUUCCAAAAUGGGAAACCGCAAGUCAAAAAACUUCUCAUGCAUGUACCAAUCAUGCUACACUACGAGCCAUUGCAGGGGCAUAGCAGUGCUGAAGGGUUCCACGAAGCUGCCUGCCGUAACAUAAAAAUGCGACUUGGUAUCACUAAAGGAUUCCGAGUAUCAAAAAUAACAACAUUAAGGGGUACACGUGAAGCUGUAGACCGAGAGACGGCAGCUACAUUGGGACUUGAUGACGAAAAUUCCUCACUUUCGAGAGGGUUCAAAGGGCUAGAUCGGCAGAUGCUGCCAGAAAAUUCACAACCAUACAUGAGACAGUACAUGAGGUUCAUGUUAUCGCAUACUAUGCCACCGGAUGUCUCAGAAAAUGUGAGAUAUCUGGCGGGCAAACUUGCAACCAGCCCUGUGCCGCUCCUUGACACGAAACCUGUGUCACCAGCGAAAAUACGAGCAGCGUUAUCUCAGUACAAGGUCGAUCCUUCAUACUUGCGUGAGAUCGAUGACACACUCAAGGCAUUCACAUAUUAUACACGAUCGCUUACGCCAAGUAUUGCAAAACGAGUACACGCAGUUGCAUUGGACGAUCACAACAUAAACAUUACCCUAAAACGCUUACAGGCAGAUGCCGAAAAAUGCUCGCAAAUCAUCGGCACAGCGCUAGCAAGUGGAAAUGUAGAUGUGACGCCGCCAUUGACUGGGAUAAAAGCUAUCGACGACAUGUUCCAGAGGCUGGAAACACCCCUAAAGGCGGUACAUCGGCCGCUAUUCAUGCGGGAACUUCAUCAAGUUGAUCAUGCAGCUUACAUGCUCCUGGACAGUAUAACCAAGGAAUAUAUGACGAUGACUUGUUCCGGCAACGAUAGAAAUGAUAUAUCAUCGAGAUUGCGCUUAUUCUUGGAAAGCGUGCCCAAAAAUGCACCGGAACUAAUCGUUAAUCGUCACUUCGUCCUGCUAAAAAAUAUUAGAGAUGUUCCGGAUCAUACCAAACUACACUCUACCGAUACUAUCCAUGGAAGCACUCAAGUGAGGGGAUAUGUCAGCCGUGCUGUAACUGAUGCCCUGCGCAAUUAUCGCAACUGUUGCGCCCUAGCGGAUGCCAAAGCUAACCAAGUGCUCAGCCAAAUAGCGAAGACAAUAUCUCCAUAUGCGCAAAGUAUGGUGUUAUGUGCGCACUUUAUUGUUGUACUCCACACUCUGGCAUCACACGUAGGAAUGGCUGUACCUAGGGGGUGGACCCUUCCGACGAUGUCUAAUGGGAAAGAGCUUGUCUUCAAGAAUUUAGUGCCACAGUUUGACGAUCAAGAUGAUACAGUACCUAUAUCCAUUAAUGUUGAGGGCAUACAUGUUUUGCAAGGUUCGAACAACACGGGAAGGAGCACUUUGCUCACGACAGUCCUUGGAGCAUGUGUAGCAGCACGAGCCGGUCUAUAUGUUCCGUGUUCGAACGGUUCAAGAUUGCCCAAGUAUACGGGAAUCAUAUAUCAUUCGCCCUCAAAACAGCCUGAAGCUAAUGGCAUGUCAUCAUUUAAGUACAACAUAAAGACCGCUGAAGAUAUCAUCAACAACGCGGAUAGUAGCACCUUGGUUGUUAUGGACGAUCUGGGUUCAAAUCUCGAUGUGGCUCAUGGAACAGCGUUUGUAUCUGCGGUGAUCCAGAAGCUGGCCCUCAAGGGAUGCAAUGCGCUUAUAGCAACUAAUGUUGGAACUCUGGAGAUGAAUGAUGCGGAAGGUGUCUACUUUAAUACCUUAUCUUUAAAAGGUGGAACUUUGCGAUUUACGAACACCCCGCAUCAAGACUCGCCCUUCAGGUUACUGCUACAAAACAGUGCCCUUAUGAGUGCUGUGUUACGAGAUGCAGCUCGAUAUAAAACGGGGGGGCCCGAUGCCGAAACUCGAAAGCUAAUGAUAUGCAAUCCGGUUUCGAAGGCCAGAGCGUUGGGUAACAACUUGGAGGGUCUUCCAAGCUCAGCAAGAGAUGCUAUGACGUUGGUUUUGGAUGAGAUUGAAGAACUCGGGUUGUGUUCUAAGACGACAGAUCUUGUCCAUAUUCUACCCGAUGCGAUACCACCACCUAUGCUCAACAAUGUUCCGGUGGUAUAUGUGCUCGUUAUACCCUUACAUACCGGCGAACCUGAUAAAGGGUGUAGUGCUGUAGAAUGUUCGGAUGUGUGUAUGGCUGAUGGAGAAAUAACCGCAGCGGUAUACGUAGGUGAAUCGGCUAACCUGGAUGCAAGGCUGAAAGCACAUCGAUCGAAGCCAAUCUCGACUGUUGACGAGUACAUGGGUAAAACAUAUAUGGAGCAUGAAUCUAAUUUGACGGCAUACCUGAAAUCAAAACUUCAGGCAACUCCGGAAUCCUCGGAACAACUGCUUCAAUGGCAUUCGGCACAUACAUUGGCAAUUAGAGCAAUCUCCAGAAAAGAUGCUAAGGUCAAUGAACGCAAGCUCAUAAAGCGUCUGUAUAUGCGUCAAAAUCAAAUAGUCCUACUUUCGCAACGAGACGGGGUAUACCGGGAACUCGUGGCUAUUGACUGA